UCUCCCCAACUUCUGUUUCUUUCUCUUGUUUGAACGACGAGGGACAGUAGCAGUACCAAAAUCGAAAACGAGAGGCAUAUUCGUCGUGGAUUGUUUUGGGAGUUCCAGGUAUUUCACAACCAUAGAAGCUGCUGUGAUGUGGUUGGAUGUGAGUUGUUCGACGAAAUUUCUGACAGACUUGUUACUUCCUGCUUAACAGGGACGGGUAUUCUGCACUGUUAUAGAGGCGCUCGUUUUAAUUGGGAAAAGUAACAAGAAGACAUCCAGAAUUCAAAGGGACUCCAGUAGAUUUCAGAAGUUUUACCCUUUGCAAUGCAUUACUUGUGCCCUAAUUCCCUGGGAUGCUCCUUGGCAAGGGCCUAAGCACCUCUUGUUUAGCCGAGGAAGUUGGGUCUGCUACGAUGCUUCCACUCUCUGAAUGGGAUCCCCUGGGCUGCAUACGUUACCACAUUCACUCUCCCUUUCUCUUUCUCUGGAAGGACAAGCUGUCAAAAUCCCAGUUUACAGCAAAAGCAAUGUCAGAUUUUCAGACCUCGACUCAUCGAUCUAAGUGGAUUUUCACCCGGCAUGAUCUAUUGGAAAAAUACCAGGUCAGUAAUCAAAGAGCUGUGAGAACACUACAUCAGUAUGGGUCAACACGUAUGGAAGUAGACAUUGAUGGGUCGUUGUCUUACCCCGAACCUCAAUUUGACAUAACACAAGCUGAAAAACACUCUUUUCCUAAGCCACUAAGUACUGAAGAAGAGCAACUUAUGCGGGUAUUCUAUGAGCAUAAAAUCCAGGAAGUUUGUGGAGCGUUUGGAUUCCCACAUAAAAUUCAGGCAACAGCCAUCACAUACUUCAAAAGGUUUUAUCUACAAUGGUCUGUUAUGGAGUAUCACCCAAAGCACAUAAUGUUAACUUGUGUAUAUACGUCAUGUAAAGUAGAGGAAAACCAUGUCUCAGCAGAAGAGCUCGGCAAAGGGAUUCAACAGGAUCAUCAAGUGAUUCUCAAUAAUGAGAUGAUAGUUCUUCAGAGUCUAGGUUUCGAUCUUAUUGUGUAUGCACCAUAUCGUUCCAUUGAAGGUUUUAUUGAUGAUAUGGAGGAUUUCUGCCGAGCAAAGGAUGAUACGCUACAAAUAUUGAAGGAUUUACAAGAAAGAGCCAAGUUGGAAGUUGAUAAAGCAAUGCUUACGGAUGCACCCCUCCUUUUUUCUCCCGGGCAGUUAGCAUUAGCUGCUUUGCGCAAGGCAAAUGAUGUGCAUACAGUAGUCGAUUUCCCAAGGUACUUGGAACACGUGUAUUCUCGUCAGCAUUCCAAUCAUAACAUCUCAGAGUUGAUCGAGUGUCUGAACGCUAUAGAUCAUUCGGUAUAUUUUACAUUACACUCUCUAUUUAAGGUGAUGAAACUUAAGAUACCUACGGCGAAGGAUAUGAGGCAUACUGACCGGAAACUCAAAUCCUGUUUGGAUCCAAGCUCACAGGAAGACAGUAAGAAACGGGAGAAGAAAUCCAAGCACAAGUUGCGGAAAAGUUCAAGUACAGCACAUGGAAUGCCCACUGACACGACACUAUGAAAGAAAUAUCAUUCAGAUGAUCGACUUUGCUUUGCAUAAUAGGUAACUUAUUGGGUUUUUAGGGUCCAAAUUUGGGAGUCCUGAGUUGGACACAUAUCUAGCAAUUUAAUUGAUCUACACCCAGUUUUUUCUUGUAUCAAGUAUCUACCUGCAUGGUUUUGGGAAGCAUGAAAUUUGAUUAUCAUGACAAGGAGGUUGGAUGUUAAAUGCCAGCCUUUGACUACAUUAACCACGUGUUGUUUGGGGAUCAUACUGGUGUCUUAUUGUUGUUAACCGUAAUGAAUGUUGCAAAA